AUGUCUACAGAAAUUAUAAUGGCUGUUAUUAUGAAUCUUUUACUUCUUUUGUUGUCAGCAGCCCUAGUUCGUUCCGGUCCAAGUAUGUUGCCUCUCAAAUCUUUUAAGAUAAGUGGAAAUGUAACGUACGAUUGCAUUGAUAUUUACAAUCAACCAGGGCUUGAUCAUCCAUUACUCAAAAACCACACAAUCCAGAUGAAAUCAUCAAUUUCGAGAUCUGAAUUUAAAAAUCCAACUGACAACGACAAAACAUAUAAGAAGAAAAUUAGAUGUCCAGACGGAACCGUUCCUAUAUUAAGAAAUUCAAAAGAUUACAUAACAAACCCACAAUAUUUUCAUCCCCUCUCACAGAAUCGCCCUGAAGCACAUAUUGCUGGAGUACGGUCAAAUAAUGGUCCAUUUCGUGGUAUAGAAGCUUGGUUUAAUGGUUAUGCAUUAAACAUCAGCACAGAUGAAGCCUCAUAUAGUGAAAUAUAUAUAGGCAGUGGAUCGGAUAAAGAGGUCAAUUUUAUCUCAGCAGGUUUUAUGAUAAAUCCAAGUAUAUUCGGUGAUGGACGUGUUUGGACAUAUGGAUUUUGGCAUGGUAAAGAUGGGAAAGGAUGUUACAAUACCGUUUGUCCAGGGUUUGUUCAAGUUUCGCAUGAGGUUCCCUUAGUCGAACCCUUUGACCUUAAGCCAGGAGUCCCUGUCUGGUUGCGUUGUUCCAUCUAUCAAGAUAAACAAACAGAAAACUGGUGGUUAACAUUUUUGUCAAAACCUAAUGUAGAUAUUGGUUAUUGGCCAAAAGAGUUAUUUAACCUUAUAAAUAAUGGUGCAAAUGUCGUUGGAGUUGGAGGUGUGGUUCAGGCUUCUCCUUCAGGUUCAAGCCCUCCGAUGGGUACUGGUAAAUUUCCAACCGGGGACCGAAGAGCAUCAGCAAUGUUUACAAACAUUGAAGCCUUAAAUUCCAACUAUGAGCAGCGUAAAAUCAGUUCUUUUCAUAUGGAGAAGUUGCUAGAUAGUCCAAAUUGUUAUGGGCUAAGAAUUGGUACGGUAAAACCAUUCCAUCGUACUCUACUCGGUUACUUUUUCAAUUAUGGUGGCCCGGGGGGAAACUCUUGUGGAGUUUGACAUUGCAAAUGUAAUUGUUAAAGUA